AUGGAUAGUCAAAACGACCAACAAGCGGUCACCAAAACCGCCCCUAUCUCACCUCCGAAACAUGAUCGAGUCAUCAAUGUUAUUUCAGGAGGUUCAGAAGUGAGUGGAAUAACCCACUCUGCUGCUAAAAGGAAUACCAGAGCUGUCAAGAACCUUCACAGCAAGGGAACAAAUAUGCAAGAAGAUACACCAACAUGCGCCAUAAGCUUCCCAACAGGUGGAUACAACAUGUCAAUCCCGCAUCACGAUGCGUUAGUCAUAUCUUUGACGGUUGCUAACUGUUUGAUGAAAAUAAUUCUAGUCGACAACGGAAGCUCUACCAAUAUUCUCUACAUUCAAGCUUACAAAGAAUUGGGCUUGGACGAAGCCGGAUUAACACGAAAAUCCACGCCCCUCAUUGGAUUCAGCGGUGAAGUGAAACAAACCAUAGGCGAGGUGACACUACCGGUAUACGCGGAAGGAAUUAACAAGCACACAAAGUUCUUGGUAGUUGAUUGUCCCUCUGCAUAUAAUGCAAUUGUGGGACGCCCUUGGAUUCACGACAUAGGAGCAAUACCAUCAACGUUUCACCAAACAAUCAAGUUUUCUACACCUUAUGGGGUGAAAGAAAUUGCCGGUGAUCAAGAGAAUGCACGAUCGUGCUAUCCAACAACCUUAAAAGGCAAAUGA